GAGGCGCUCAAGAUCCUGAGUGGGGUGGGGCAGGUGGCCAGCAAGCGGCUGACCAUAUUCGAUGCGCUCGCAGGUCGCUUCACCACCGUGCGCCUGCGUGGUCGCAACCCCGCUUGCGUCGCCUGCGGCUCCUCGCCUUCCAUCACCGCCGCCUCCCUGCCUUCCUACGACUACACAGCUUUCACCGGCCAGCCGGCGGACGACGGACCGCCACCAGAGCUGCGACUCAUUGACCCACGGGUCAGGCUGCAGCCAGCGGACGUCGCCAGGCUGCUUGCUGCAAGCGACGACAAGAAGGAGGAGACGGAGAAGGAGAAGAACAUAAAGAAGGGAAAAGAGGACGAAAGCGAGUGCAUGGGACGGGAGACGGAGGAGAUACGACAGAAGGAGGAGGCCUCCUCCACCUCCACCUCCGCCCCCGCCUGUAGGCCGUUAUUCCUGGACGUACGGCCGCAAGCGCAGUACGACGUCAUGGCACUACCCGGUGUCGUACACGUGCCGUACGAACGGUUGGACGAGCGGCUACCGGAGAUUCUGGCGCUGUGCGGGGGCGGCAGUGGCAGCAGCAGCGAGGGAAUUGCGGGAGCCAGCGGGGCGGCUGACGUGACCGCUGCUACUACAGCUGCUAAUACUACUGCCACUACUUGUACGGCAUGUGAUGCUGCCGUACCCCCGCAUGCGGAGGAGUCCAUGUCGCCCCGCAACCCUACAUCCACAACAUCAUUACCCGCCUCGGCAGCUGGUGAUGGGGAGGUGG